AUGGAUUUUGGGAAAGGUAGUAAAUAAUUUAAGAAGGAUAAGAAAAGUGUGGAAAUAAGAUUGGUCAAUAAAAUACUUUUGGUUAAAUGUAAGUGAUAAUAUCAUUUUGCGUAAUUUUUAGCAUAGGACAAUUAUGAUAUAUACUCAACCAAGUGUGGGAAUUCAAUUGAAUUAAUUGAAUUCUUUGGCUUCAUAAAUCACUAGUUUGGAGAAUAAAAAAAUAAUAUCAAUUUGCAGAUCGGAUUUAAUGGCUUGGGGUAAAUAGAUGAAAUGUUGAUAAAUUGUUAAAGUAGUGGUGGAUUGUGUAGAUUGAUGAAAAUUAAAAAAAAGAAAGAAAAAGAGCCAUAAGUUUGGAAGGUGGAUGAGUUAUGCGAUUGUAGAUUGUGUUCAUAUGUCACUAAAAAUAAAAUGAUAAAAAAAUGGGACAUUGUCAAAUGUCAAUAUUUUUUUAAUUUGUAAUUUAAGGGAGGUGGAAAAUAAGUUGAAGAAAAUAAGUUAGUAGGUUCUGAAAAGAACGGGAUUUGGGUUGAGUUAUGUGAUGGGUUUAGAAAGCAUUCCCAAGUCACUGUAAUAUGGAAUAAAAUUAGAAUAUGA